UGCAUGUGUGAAACUCGUCCGAUGAAAAUGUAACCCAAAAGUACACGUGACGAUAGCUAUAUGUAUAACUCGCACAUACCACACAAAUAUAGUUAAAGGGAUAUUACCUAAUUUCUCUUGUCCCUGUUGUGCACGACUGCCGCAUCCAAUAUUGAAGUUUACGAACGUUUCUCGUGACAGUUGUCACAGAACAAAAGCACAAACGUGAACGAGUAACAAUGGCAGCACUAUUUCGCAUGAAUUGCGUGCACGGUUUGCGCAGGGGGUUAGCCCUGGCUGCACGCAAGGAUACGACCUGUCGUAGAAUAACGACGACAACAUCGAGGUAUGAUAAAGAGGAAACUCAACUUGUAAAAAAGAAGUGGGUGAGUUACGGCUACAGCGACGAGGACGAGGCCGAGGAUGUUCAUUCCCUACAUCAGACCAUGUUUAUCACUGUCACUAUAUGCUUUGUCUUCGGAGCAGCUGUUGUGGCUUAUUUUCCUGAUAUGACACAGGUAGAUUGGGCACAGCGAGAAGCUUAUCUGCAACUUCGUCACAGAGAGGAGCAUGGGCUUCCUCUCAUUGACCCCAACGUGGUCGAUCCGUCUAAAAUAAAACUGCCAAGCGAUGAAGAAUUAGGCGACAUGGAUAUUAUUAUUUAAGAAAUGAAACGGUAACGACAAUGACGUUGAGAACUCCAGUUGAACUCUCUGAAUGUCAUUUCUGCCUAUCUGUAACAAUUUAGUAUUUGUUAAUGUUAUCUGAAAAUAAUUAAUAAAAAUACUGUCUUUGUAACUUAAAGUCUAUCCAUCUAUUCUAUAAGUUCUGUCUAUUCUAUUAUGUUAAUUGAUAUCGAAACUUACCACAGAUCUUUAGAUUUUGCAGUUUUUCAUUCUAUAAGUUCUGUCUAUUCUAUUAUGUUAAUUGAUAUCGAAACUUACCACAGAUCUUUAGAUUUUGCAGUUUUUCAUUCAUGCAAAAUAUUUUGAAUUUUAAAAUUUAUAUACCACACCCAUGAAACACGUUUGUCAGUGAUAUACAAAUUAUACUUGGAUAAAUUAUAGAUAUAACAGAAAAAUGCAUGAGACUAAUUGUAACAUUGAUUACUAAAAUAUAUACGAUUAAGCAUUGUA